UGUCACCACCUCUAUCAAUCCAUUUGACUUUCAGUGAGUCCCAUAGAUCAGCAUUGUGUUUAUCUCUUUGAAAAGAAAACCUGCUCAUUGACAAAUACAAUUCACAGCAAAUAUUCGGAAAAUGGACGGAGAAGAAAGCAAUGCUGCCGUGGUAGCUGGGCGGGCGGAGAUCGACACUCGUGCACCCUUCAGGUCUGUCAAAGAAGCAGUUAUGUUGUUCGGAGAAAAAGUUUUGGUUGGAGAAAUCUAUGCCAACAAGCUCAAAGAGAUUCAAGCUCGAGCAAGUGAAAACGGGCAUGCUCAAUCCAAAAUGGGAGUCUUAACAGCGGAGCUCGAAGACACAAAGCAAAAUCUUCAAAAAGCCAGAGAAGAAAAUACUGUAAUGGCAUUUUGCAUAAAGUCCCUCAGAGAAGAACUUGAACAAGCAAAGAAGGAACUAGAAAAAAUAAAAGCCAGAGAAUUUCUAAAACAAAGAGUUAACCCUGAUACCGAAGACCUCAAAUUCAUCGAAAAUGCGACCAAAGUUCAAAUCAACACACCAGAUCAUGAAGAGGACAAUGAAUUUCAGAAGAAGAGAUAUGUCAAAUUUGCUAGCCCUCCUUCACUAGCUCAAGUUAUUGUUAGCAGAGAUGAAAAGCCAGAGAGACCAACUUCUAUGAAUAAGCUGAAGAAAAAGUCAUUGCUCCCUACUCUUGGAUGGAUUUUUUCCAAAAAGAAAGCAAUCCAAGAACGUGAAUCUCCGAUAAGAGCCUGAGACCCUCUGCUGAAUGUGCAAAUAUGAAAAAAGACAUAAAUGAUUUCCCUUUGUCAUGGAUAGAGGUACUGAGCAACACAAUUUACUGUGUCAUAGAUGCAAUCUAAGCUUAUGUCUAUGUUUCAUAUUGGUUUUUGACAGUAACUAUCUCUUUCAAUAAAAUGUCAUAGAUAGGUAUUACAGGUUUACUUUACUACCAUUUUGUGAUUAAUUUCCUACUCUUUCCCUCGAUGGUAGGAAAUAACUUUUUUUGUUUUUUUAAAUCCCUCAAUUUCGUUAGUUUUGAGUUGGGCUUUGGGCCUUAAAAGGAAAUAGUGUUGCAAGAAGUUAUACAAAUGAGAGGUGAAAAUAUUUUGGUGUG